ACAAACUAUUUUGUCCACUACCUUAUUAGAACAUCUACACGCGUUUUCCUUUUAUUUUGGAUUCUUUGAAAUAAUAUCGAGGAACACGAAUUGUCAGUUUUCCAUCGAUGCCUAUUCAUUUUGAAAACAUUUGCCUGAGCUAGUGGUUGAGUGAAAUCGGCUUUUUUCAUACCGACGUGUCGUUACCACUAUCUUGGGUUGGUCUAUAUCGUCAAGAUGGACAAAUGGAUGAAUGUCAAAGAUGGGGAUGGCGUCACAAGAAAUCACUUAUCACCUAGUAGCAAUGACAACGAUGAUGCCAGGAGAUCACCGAGGUCGUCCCCGAUAUCGCCUUCGAAAUCACCGCUAAAGUCGUCGAAAUCACCGUCUUCCCCUCGCCUCAAUCUUUCAAACAUACCGCCAGAUCCUCGGAAAUGGACCUCACUGCAUGUAGGAAGCUGGGUCGAGGCGGUAGCCGCAAAAUAUGCCUUCGUAGUGAACAAGUCGGACUUUCAAAUGAACGGAAUGGGAUUGUGCCUUAUGAAACGGGAAGGAUUCUUAUUUCGAGUACCCGAACACGGUACGAUUCUUUUCGAAGAUUUCCGAAAGAGACUUCGGCAGUAUCUCACCGCAUGUCGGCAAAGGGUGCGGACUACAUAUUCUCACCCAGCGACUGCAACACUGCCCGGUAGAGCGCACCACUUCCCGGCACCCACCGCAUCGGGGGCGUCACAAGUGCCGACAUCACCCAUAGUUCAACCCGGUCGUGCGGGUUCUCAGUUAAUUGCGCCAUUUUCGGCGCUUCGGAACGUUCUUGAUCGCAACCCAUCGGGAGUUUCCGGGAUUCAUCGGUCUUUGCACACGGUACCACCACAACAGGAACCGUUGCCGUUUCGGCACAUUGCACCGUUUCCCGGGAAUAAUCCUCAACCACCGGGACGAAAUGAUCACACAUUUCUGCCACCAUCUCAAGCCGGGCCGUCCGCGAGCACGACUGGACAAUCGUCCCCUCUAGUGGCCAAUAUAAAUGGUCAGUUCUAUGCAGCUGCUUCCCACAUAGUCGGUGCAUCACCAAUGCAUCCACGUCUUCCUAUCCCCGGUUUACCGGCAUCUGCAGCAAAAACAUCAUCUCCUUUGCACACGACCCUUCCGACCUCAGCUUCCACCGCUCACCCUACACCAGUUCAGAGUACCUCAGUGUCCACGUCGUGUCAAAUACACAAUCCUCCAGCCGUUUCCGACCAUCGUCUCCCAAACUAUCCCCACGUGGGGAAUCCAUGUUACCUCCAUCAGUCACCGUACUACCGAUUUGUUCCUAUCUACCGAACAAUGCGAGUUGUCGGGCGUUUUGAGCCUGUACCAUAUGGGUAUCCACCCACUGUACCCUCAACGACACCACCUGACGCCUCUUCAGACGUCCCGCCAAACGCCACACCAAGCGUCCCGCUAAAUGCCCCACCGAACGCCACGCCAAACCCCGUGUCGGAAUCCACAAGCCAAUCACAAACCUCCAUCGCAUCUCAGAGCACGACGUCACCGCCAAUCACCCAAUCGAAAGCUCUAGAUUUGUCAACAUCAAAUAGUACUAGACCCGCUCCAUCUCAAGACCAGAAUGUGCCUUUCAGCGGCAGUCAUAAGCGAAUCAAAACAGAACCUCAAUGAAAAUAUAGUUUUCAAGAAAAUAUUGAUAUGUCAUUAUUGUACACUGUAAUAACUGGUGUACACCGGUUAACACCAUAGUUUUUGCUGUGUAAAAAUAUAUACAGAUUUUAUAUUGAAAUAGACAGUAAACUGUCUUUUCAAGGACUAUUAAUUCGCGCUACCAGAUACAUAACCAGUAGUCUCUAUUUCCCCGUAUUUAUCACGAUUUUCUUUUCGGUAACUUUCCCAGGAGGGAAGCAACCGCGUAGCUCAGUUUUCGCCGCGGCUGUAGCGAUUUUAGCUCGCGUACGCAUGCUGUGCGUGCAGUGAAAAUGACGUCACUAUCAAUAUUUUGACAUGCCUACAUUAACCCGACCAAAUGCGAUUACCAGGUGAUAAUACCGUAAUGAUAUUAUUUUUAACUUGAUAAAACUGGUAGCGCGAAUUUCUUUAUUUAAUGCAACCAUUUCCCCAUUCUGAAUUUCAGCUGCAGAAAUAAACCCACCUUUUUGUUAAUUAUUUAUUGGAAAAAAAAAAUCUUGUAUAUAUAAUUCCAUUUUCUUUGCUUUAAUUUCACCCUUUUUUUCAUUGAUCUGAUGAGUCCACCACUGGUUUACCUCUUUCAGCUUUCGUCCAUUUCGUUUUACCUCACUUGUGAUUGGAUGUGUGUUUUAAUUGCAACUCUGGAUCAGCCAAUCAAAUUCAAGUUCCGAUUGCAUAUAAGCCAAUGGCCUGCCAGGAUGUAGACAUCAUGCAAAAUGCCACUUGCUGAUUGGUUGAUGCAGUAAUGGUGGCAUGGGAGACCGUCAGGCAAUUGAUAUACUAUACUUCUCUUCUGAUUUACGCAACCAAGUUUUUUUCAGCGAUCGUGUACCAGUCCCAUUUUGCUCAGAAUCAAUCAGAUGCAAUGAUUUUCUGUAGUAUAUAUAAUCUGUCGUCAAAAACUACUAAAAAUCUCGAUGGAACCCAUGCAAUGAAUCGUUUCAUCAACAUUAAUUUUGUCAUCCGAUUGUCAGGGGCCUGUUCCUGAAAGAAUUGUGAUUAAUCGCAACUCAAGCGCAAAUCGUAAGUGCGCAUGUCUAAUUGGCCAAAAAAAAAUCAAGUUCCGAUUGAUUUCAGAGUUGCUUUUGAUUGCAAUUCUUUCUUAAACGUGUCCCUGGAUCUUACAACUUUCUUUGAUUUUGUUUGGCUGAGAAGGGCAAUUUCUAUGGUAUCUCUCGGGUAGAAUGGACUUUGUCGGGUAAGGCAUCCGACAAAUCUUUUCAUGAAAUACUCCCAGACUUGAAACUAAACUCGUACACCCAUUUAAACAUAACAAGACAAGUAGCUCCCCAUUUCUUUCCAACAAAACAGUUCCAGCUGCGAAGGGCAGUUCCUAUGGUAACUGUCGGAUAAAAAAAACUUUGUCGGAUAAAACGUCAGAUAAAUCCUUUCAUGAAACACUCAACAGACUCGAAACUAAAUUCCUACACCUAUUUAAACAUAACAAAACAAGUUGCUCCCCAUAACUUUUCAAGGAAACAGUUUGAGCUGAGAAGCGCAGUUCCUAUGGUAACUGUCGGAUAAAACGUCAGACAAAACCUUUCAUGAAACACUCAACAGACUCGAAACUAAAUUCGUACACCCAUAUAAACAUAGCAAAACAAGUUGCUCUCCGUAACUUUUCAACGAAACAGAUUUAAGCAAAAUAAUUUGGCAUGAAUAUCAUUGGCGAACUUUAUAAAGGUAGUAAGUUUAUAUAUACCUCUACUUUCAUCGUUUCUUUCUUUAUUAUCACCCACUACCUCAUUCUUUGUCUAUUAUAUAGGCCCUAUAGUUCGAUUCUUUUCCAAUUUUCCACUUUAAAAGGUCUUUUUAUAAAAUAGUUAAAUUCUGCAGGACCGAUGAUUUUCAAGCUAUAGGUGUAACGGGUAUGUAUCAUACCAGUAACGCGCAUACAUUCGUAAUUCCGAAGCUUCGUUAUUCCGAAGGUUCGGAUAUUCCGAAGGUUCGUAUUUCCGAAGGUUCGUAUUUCCGAAGGUUCGUAAUUCCGAAGGUUCGUUAGUCCGAAAACGAAAUGAGGUUCGUAAUUCCGAAGGUUCGUUAAUCCGAAAACGAAAUGAAGUUCGUAAUUCCGAAGGUUCGUUAGUCCGAAAACUAAAUGAUGAACGAACCUUAUUUCGUUUUCGGACUUACGAACCUUCGGAACAAGGAACCUUAUUUCGUUUUCGGAUUAACGAACCUUCGGAACAUCGAACCUUAUUUCGUUUUCGGAUUAUCGAACCUUCGGAAUAACGCCACAAAUGUUCGGAUUAACGAACCCUUAUACGUUUUCGGAUUAACGAACAUCGAGGUAUAGGCAAUUUACGUGUUUCGGAAUUACGAACCUUCGGAAUAAAGAACCUUCGGAAUUACGAAGUGUAACCCCAGUAACGUAACCUUUUGAACAUCUGUAAAUGAAAGAUUCAUUAUCAUUCUUGAAGUGGCUAUACUACUUUUUAAUAGUGCGCAAUAUAAUGCUUUUCCCCGAGUAUAGUCUUACCGAAAUAUCAUCAGGAAUGUGCACACGGCCACGCAAUUACCGUGAGUAUAGACAGAUUAAUAUUUCGAGUAUGAACACGGUCAUGAAAAUGAACUGAAUCACCACAGUAAAUUGACCCGUUGUCCGUACAUGAUUUAUUGCACAAAUUUCGCCACAAGGCACACGCUUCUCCCAAGUCGUCAUUAUAGAGAAAAGUCUACCUCUUUGUGUAGGAGUAACAGGGAAAAGCAGUUAUACCUCAUGAUCAUUUGAUUGAUUUACAAGCUUAUAAGAAUAAAAAAAAUAUAAUCAAAUAUAAAUUAUGUAUGCCUGUGUGAAGAGACUCUUCCUUUUUGCGCUUAAUAUUGUGUUCCUCGAUCAUUAUACACAGACAGUUCAGAUUUUAGUUUAUUUACCAUUCCACAUAAAUUGUUAUUCAGUGUUUCAUAAUGUAUUUGCUCUUCAAUAACUGGGCUUUAAAAUCUUCUCUUGUUUAUUUCGUAUUUUUUCCUAUAGUCUUCAGGAAAAGUUGAAACCUCCAAUAAUAAUCAGUGACGAUGAUUAUACAAGGAGUUUUUAAAAUAAGUUGGUAACAGUAUGAAAAGCACAUGCAUAACAGUUUUUCAUGCAUAUAAUGAAUAUCUUGCCAUUAUGUACACGGCUAUCAGGAAAAAAUAUAUCUUAAGAAAUACUGGAAGCUCUUAUAAUUAAUUCGGUAUUGGGUUCUACAACUGUUUUUUUUUAAUAUUGUGAAGAUAAUCAUUGUCAUAUAAGUUCUCUUUGCAUGAUUAACCUGUAUACCUCUACGUAAGUGUUCUGUACAUUUAGCAACUUUUCUUGAGCAAAACAUGAUCAUAUAAUUUUGUAUAUCUGCUGUUUCAAUAAAAUCAAGAAAUAUUUUCAUUAAAAUCUGCUUCCAACAAAUAAUGUUUGGAAUUCACAGUGAAUCCUAAUCUUUAUUUUGAAAGAAUGUUGGGAAAUCAAGUUCAUUUUUUACAGCUAUUUUAAUGUGGAACCAUGUAUAUGUUUCUUUUCAUGGUUAUGAUUGUAGUUUAUUUUGGGGUCUCGAUUUUCAAGGAUUAUUUUGAUAUAUGUAAAUAUCCAUCUCAAGAUUGUUAAACAUGGAUUAUCUGCGUUUUUCAGCUUUGCUUUCAAAAUAUAAUAAAGUUUAUAUUUGAUUUUACA